AUGUCAGAGAGCGAUCAGUUCGAGCAAUCCUUGGAGCAACUUUAUGCAGACCUUAAGGAAACUAUACGAGACUCUCUUAGUAAGACAGGCAGCGGCUGGGCUAGAAGACGACCACAGACGGCGUUGAUUUUGCAGAAGAAUUUGUCACAACUGACACACUGGGGUACCGAUAUUCGCAAUGCGACACACAAGACACUGGACAAAGUCGAAAUGGAGGACGAAUCAUUCGCUCUGACAAUUCGAAAUCAGUUGGAGGACGCCGAAGAAUAUAUGUCUCAGCUUCGGCAACUGUGUGAACGCAGCGGCAAUGGACCCGCCCUCGAUAUUGAUAUCGAAGCUGGUUUAGUAGAGAGUAUGCAAGUCUCUGUUAAGUGCCUGCAGUAUCAAGUCGAUCCUUUGCGCGCAUUCAUAUACUCUCUCAACCAACCAUGGGCGCUGGGAAAUUCUGCUUCUGGUACUCAGCUUUCGAACACAAGCUCGACAAAAGAACAGACUACCGUGGAACGGGGAUGCUUUGAGUUUUCAGAUACUGUGCGAAGAUUGCUCGAUGAUCCUGAGUCCGAUCUCAGGACACUGAUACGUGCUUGUGUUUCGCUCAAUUUCGAAAACAAAACGUUUUACUCUGAAGGCCCUUUAAGAAGAGUCAUGACUUUACCACGGGUCGUAAUCUUCCUGAGCCAAGAAUAUCCAGAUAUGUCCGAAUCUGCAAUCACUGGCCUGCUCAAACAGAUCACAGCGCGUUUCCUUAGGGUGUUUUCCAUCUUGCUCAUAUUGAAUCGAGGCAGCCAUAUUGCAGAAUUCAUCGAGAAAGACGUCAGUGAUGACAAACUUCCACUGACUAUGAAGUCUGACUUCUCUAGAAGAGAUGAGCUGCCAAUAUUUUUCCAAAACAAUGGCGACCAAUUACCGCUGGACUGGGAAAUUUUCGAACUCCUGGACUUUGAUCAUUUACAAUGGAAGUUCAUGACCCCUGUACUGGAUUCGAGGCACUUCCACCAUUGGCGCUUGGAUCAACGGAUUCCCUUGCCUUGGAAGAGUGGGACAGAAAACAUGCCUACAUCUGGAGGGGUGAAGAAAGUCAGAAUUCAACUUGGUUCUCAUAAUUUGAGCAAUAUCACAGCUGACAUAAUUGCCGUGAAAACCAUGCGCACUGACACAUCUUCACCUAAACGGACUCUGCCCCUUCCAAAUUUAAUGAAUAUGUCAUCUCCGACUAGUAAGGAUGAGUUGUUGAGGGUGCUCAAUAUCCUUCAUAGCUUCAAGAGCCCCCAUCUUAUUCAGUCCUAUGGAGCUAUGGAACAAGGUAAUGAGUUGCAUUUGAUUUUCCCUUGGGCAGAGUGCAAUUUGCGAGACUAUUGGAAAUCCAAUUUGGGGAUGUUGAGUAGUGCAAGCCACUCGGAUAUCGGAAAUGAGCCAACGAAGGCCUUCGCCGCCUGGGAUAACAUUAUAUGGUUGUCCGAUCAGAUACGCGGCAUCGCUCACGGAUUAGCUACGUUGCAUGAUCUCGUCAAUGGAACUGUCAUAAGGCAUGGCGCCAUCGAGCCCGAGAGCAUUCUUAUGAUGCGCGCGUCCAGGGAACUCCGGGGCAAAUUCGUCAUUGGAGGCUUUGGCAGGUCACAUGUCUACUCUGAACUAGAUCGCAGUGAUGAAAAUCGAAUGGUCGCCAAGCCAAAUGCAUACAUUCCUCCGGAAGAUAACAUGUCAGGCAGAGUCCUCAGCAGGCGGUCAGAUGUGUGGUCUCUGGGCUGCGUCAUGCUAGAGUUCAUGUGUUGGAUGCUCGGGGGUAAUGAAAUGAUCGAGUCUUUCACAAGGAAAAGAUCCCCAAAUCAUACCCAUUUACAUCAAUUCAAUUUUCUGGACAUGGUCGGCGAAGACACAGUUGAGGACUCUCUAGCACCAGAUGGGGUACGACGUCACCAUUAUUCAAAUCCUGUCACUUUUUAUGACCGCAGCGGUGGAGGCACAAUUGAGAUCCAUCAAGCAGUGGCUGAGUGCUUUCGAGAUCUACGAGAACUACGGUCGUGCACCGAGUUUGUGAACGAUGUUCUCGACAUCGUGCAGAAUCAUAUGCUGCUCAUUAAAUCUACCAAAAGAGUGUCGGUGAUUGAACUGACGCACAUGUUGGAUAGUACACAUACCAAAGUCAUGGCUUCCGAGGUCUAUGCAACGCAUCCAAUGCCCGAACAAAAACGUCUGGCAAAAAAAGAAGAACAUUUCAUCUACAUAAAGUACGUUCCCACUCUAGCCGUCAUCAAGACGUUACCAGGCGACGCCACGAGGAGGCAGUGA